UUCUUCUUUAACCUUUCAACAUGGCUUCUUUGAAGUGGCAAAUAAUUUUCCUAACUUUUCUCUUCUAUCAACUGAAUGAGGUGGCAUCUGAGCCAAUGAAGCGCAUUGUGAAUGGCUCGAAUGCAGUUGCUAAGCAAUUUCCAUACCAAACAUUCUUAUAUACAUUUAAGAAUUACGGAUGGUAUGCAACUUGUGGCGGCGUUAUAAUAUCCAGCAGAGCGGUCCUAACUGCAGCCCAUUGUAUUGCUGACAAUGCAGCUGCAUUUUUUAUUUUUAUCGGCGCUGUAAAUUUAACGGAUCCAACAGAGCCAGGACAACAACGCGUGAUAGUAAAGCGAUCUUAUGUUGUAGUGCAUCCAGAGUGGGAUGAAUCUCAGCUCAUUAAUGAUAUAGCCCUGAUAAAGCUACCUGUCGAAGUGCACUUCAAUGAUUACGUUCAACCUGCCAAAUUGCCAAAUCCAAAGCAUCUAUAUGCGAAUGAAAUGGGAGUUGUUUCUGGCUGGGGCAACACAGAAUCUUCGGACACUGGCUCAGCUAUUCUAAAGUACUACUUAGUCGGCGUUUUACCGCUUGAUGAAUGUGCAACACAGCUGAAAGAAUUGAGGGGAUCUUCUAGCAUUGUUCCACAAUCAUAUAUUUGUCUAAAGCCAAGUGACAGCUCACCUUGUAAUGGAGACUCUGGUGGUCCAUUGGCUAUAAAAAACCCUGAUGGCCAUAGUACUUUACUGGGUCUUGCAUCAUUUGUCGUAGGAGCGUGUGAGACGAAUAAGCCUUCGGUUUAUACUCGAGUCUCAUCGUUUUUGUCGUGGAUAAAAAAUCAUACUGAAAUCUCUGGUUGAUUUUAAUUUUUGUUUACAAAACUAAUGACUUAAUUGUUGAUUCAGAUAAUAAAGUUUUUAAUGACAAUCAUUUAA